AUGGCGGACCGUGCUCGACGCGAGAGAGCAAGCAAGCUUGACAAACUUGCUGCGUACAAAAGGGCGAGGGAAGGCGGUGGUCGUUCAUGGAAGGAAGAGGAUGUCAACAUCUACGAUGAAGUUACUGACGAUCAGUACAAACGAAUUGUGCGCGGUCGUUUAGCAAAGGAUGACUUCGUUGUCGACGAUGGCGUUGAGGGAUAUAUGGAUAAUGGUAUGGAUGACUGGGACGAGGGGGAGGACGGGGAAGAAGAGUAUGAGUCAGAGACCGAUAGGAAGAAGAAGAGUAAGUUCAAGACAGGCAAGCAAGCGAAAGAUGAAGACAGGAAGAAUCGCGCGAAACCUAAAGCACCCCCUCCUGUGGCAGCUCCGAGUAUUAGUGCCUACCGUCCUGCUGUCUCAGCAGAGCAGGAGUCAGACUUCAUGUCAACGCUGCUCGGCGACAUGGAUGCCAUCGAACCUGUCACCAUCAGCAAACCCAACAAGACUGCACAUCGCUCUUCUCGAAAGCGGAAACCCUCCCCCUCUCCUGCUUGGGGCGGAAGCUCUUCUCCAGCUCGGUACGGUGAUUACAUGAGCGGUCCUCCUGACACUGACUUUGAGGUCAUGAGCCCGGUCAAGAAGAUGAGGACAUCUGGUCCAGGAGUUACUCAACCUAACGACCGGCUUGGGAACAUGGGCCUUCAAGAGACCCACAAGAUGAGAGACGACGUCGACUACGACUUCGAUGCCUCUUUCGACGACAUCGACAUGAAUGCCUUCAUGGAUAUUGACGUCGAUGAGCACGAGAAGGAGAAUGGCAAGGUUACCUUGAAGAAGACCGACGUCGAAGUCGACCUGAAGCCUCUGAAGCCCACAAAUAGCGUUCCUGCGAAGAAGCUGAAGCAGGACGAGACGCCUUCAUGGUUAUCCGUGUACGACUCGCUCGCCGUCACGACAGAUGAUUCCUUGGGAUCAUUAGCACCAAGCACCGCCACGAGCAACUCUUCUCCGGGAGUAACUGCUUCUUCUAUCUUGGAGGCUGAUGGCUCUCUAAGGUUCUUUUGGCUCGACUAUCUUGAACAUGAGGGUCGACUAUACUUCACUGGGAAGGUCCUUUGUCGCAGUAGCCCUGGCGCCGCUGCUUCAUACGUAUCAUGCUGUGUUACUGUGGCCAACCUCCAGCGCAAUCUGUUCAUCCUCCCUAGAGAGAGACGCAUGGAAGAGGAAGAGGAUGGCAAAUUUACCAUCGAGACAGAUGUCGUUCCGGACCUCAAUGAUGUCUACCAAGACUUUGAUCGAGUGCGGAAGAAAGCUGGCAUCAAGUCUUUCAAGGCUAAGUUCGUCAAGCGUAACUAUGCGUUCGGAGAGCCUGACGUCCCUCGCGGUGAAGCGCGCUGGCUCAAGGUCGUCUAUCCUUUCGAAGAGCCCCAAGUGCCUAAUAACGUCGCGAGCCCUAAUUUCUCCAGAAUCUUUGGAACUAAUACGAGCGCAUUCGAGCUAUUUGUGUUGAAGCGGAAGAUUAUGGGUCCUUGUUGGUUAAAUAUCAAGAAGCCGCAUAUCGAACACAAGGGUGUUUCAUGGUGUAAAGUAGAAGUUUCCGUUGACGACCCCAAGGACCUCAACCCGUUCUUAGAGUCUGAUGGUGACGCACCAAAGGAUAUCCCCCCUCUGACAGUCAUGAGUCUGAGUCUGAGGACUAUCGUUAAUUACCAAGAGAAUAAACGAGAAAUCGUCUGCGCCACCGCUCGGACGUGGUCUAACACUCAAAUAGACGACCCAACACCUCCUGAGAAGCUUCCUUGCACGUCUCACACUUUUGUCCGCCCACUGGAUCUAUUCCCGCCUAACUUCGAAGCUACCGCCAAGAAGAAUAGCAAGGGUUCCAUAGCGACGAUGAAGAACGAGCGAAUGUUGCUGAAUAGCCUCCUCAUUAACAUCCACAAGGCGGAUCCUGACGUUCUUGUCGGCCAUGACUUUCUCGGCGUCUCACUUGAUGUACUCUUGCACCGCAUGAGGGAACUGAAGGUCGAGCAUUGGUCCCGAAUCAGCAGAUUCCGCCGAUCGAAGUGGCCUGGAAUCGGUAAGCAGGGGACGAACCUUCGUUUCCUCAAUGGCCGGUUACUGUGCGACCUGGCUAGCGAUGGUGCCAAGAGCAUGAUCACGUCCACUACUUGGUCACUCACCGAGAUGUGCAAGACGCACUUGAAGAGUGACCGUCAAGACAUCGAUCCUGACGAUACCGCCAGCUACUUUGAUGGCUCCGUCAGCACUCCCGAUAGAUUGAUGACUUUCGUAAGGCACUGCGAGCUCGAUGCUCAUUACCAUAUGGCGAUCGCCUCCAAGGUUCAGAUAUUGCCGUUGACCAAGCAGUUGACGAACCUUGCUGGUAACUCCUGGAAUAAGACCCUGAACGGUGGAAGGGCCGAGCGCAACGAGUACAUUCUUCUGCAUGAGUUCCAUCGACUCAAAUACAUUUGUCCUGACAAGUUCUGGGGCAAACGCGCCGUCGCUGCCGUCAAAGCUGAGGCUAACGACGAAGAAGGCGAGGGCUCAUCCAAAGCCGCAACCAAAGGAAAGAGGGACAAGUACAAAGGUGGUCUUGUGUUCGAGCCAAAACGAGGACUCUGGGAUAAAUUCAUCCUGGUCAUGGACUUCAAUUCCUUGUACCCAAGUAUCAUCCAAGAGUACAACAUUGACUUCACCACUGUCGACAGGCCGGAAGAAGAAGAGGAUGGCGAAGAGAAAAUCCCAGAGCCGCCAUCCUCUGAAGUUGGCCAGGGUGUGUUGCCGAGACUAAUCGCAACUCUCGUCCAACGUCGACGCCAAGUGAAAUCCCUUAUGAAAGACCGCUCCUUGUCGCCUGCGAAACUCCUUCAGUACGACAUCAAGCAAAUGGCUCUCAAGCUUACCGCCAACAGUAUGUACGGCUGUCUCGGUUUCGAGCACUCGAGGUUCUACGCGCGGCCUCUCGCUGCUCUCACGACAUUUAAGGGUCGUGAGAUCUUGACCAAUACUCGAGAGCUUGCCGAGAGCCUCCAGCUUGACGUCGUGUACGGCGAUACCGAUUCAGUGUUCGUCAACACAAACGUUACGGAACUGUCGGAGGCUCUCCGGAUCUCGGCUGAAUUCAAGAAAGCGGUCAAUGAUCGGUACAAGCUGCUGGAAAUUGACUUGGAUGGCAUAUUCCAGCGUCUACUCCUUCUCCAAAAGAAGAAAUAUGCCGCUAUCAAAGUGGAAGACGGUUCAAGGACGUCCACAGAAAUCAAGGGUCUUGACAUGAAGCGUCGAGAGUUUUGUGCUUUGUCUAAAAACGUCUCUCAGUAUGUGCUGGAUCAAAUACUCUCUGGCGAGGAAACCGAGAUCGUUGUCGAGCGAAUUCACGAAUACCUUAGCAACAUUGGGAACGAUGUCCGGGAGGGUAAGAUCAAGUUGGACGAGUUCAUAAUCUUCAAGCGACUGGGCAAGAACCCAGAGGACUACCCUGACGCCAAGAAUCAGCCGCACGUCCAGGUAGCCCUGAGACAGAAGUCGAAGGGUGGUAACGCUCGUUCGGGCGACGUCAUUCCCUAUAUUUUCUGUCUAGGCGCGGACGGAGAAACUGCCAAGACAGGGCAAGCUGACAGAGCCCGGCAUCCGGACGAAGUGCGCAGGGCUGGAAGCGAAUGCAAAAUUGACUAUGAGUUCUAUCUGUCGCAACAAGUACUCCCACCUAUCGAGCGUCUAUGCGAGCCCAUCGAAGGCACGGAUCGUGCGCGCCUUGCUGAAUGCCUUGGCCUCGACCCCAGCAGGUACCGCAGCAGCGGGUCGGGAGAGGGGAUGGAAAGGCUCUUCUCUUCCCUGGACUCCCAAAUAUCGGACGCGGAGCGGUUCAGGGAUUGCGAUCCAUUGAUUAUCCGGUGUCGCGGCUGCCAGGGCGAGAUGCCCUUUGUGAACAUCUGCGAUCGAGACUCGUCCAUAAUGCAACCAUCCGGCGCGCACUGCUUGUCUUGUCAAUCCAGUAUCACUGCCGUCAGCAUGCAGAUGCAGCUGGAGGCGCAGAUCCGCGAGCAUAUUAGCCGGUAUUACGAAGGGUGGACUAUUUGCGACGAUCCUACCUGCCGAAAUCGGACUCGUAUGAUGAGUGUGUACGGUCGGCGGUGUCUGCGACAGGGGUGUCGUGGCACAGUCGCUUUUGAGUACUCUGAUUCAGAGCUAUACAAUCAGCUGAGAUUUUACGCGUUCUUAUUCGAUACGCAGAAGGCAUUGGCGAAUGCCAAAGGGAAGGGUAACCCUGACUUGAAUAUUUCAGAUGAGAUCACGGGCGUGAUCACGAAGAAUGUCGAGCUGUUCCAGACGAUGUCGGAUACCGUUGAGAAGUAUAUGGAUAAUUGUGCGCGACGCUGGGUUGAUCUAGGGUCCCUGUUCUCAUUCAUGAAGUUGUAA